AACCACUACUUCUCUCUGCUUUGCGAAAAUCUUUUGUUUCCUAGAUUCUCCUACUUCAUUUGCGACCUCAGUUCUAUCUUUGCUCUGUCUGCUCUUCUAAUUUCCCAAUGGCUGGUUCCAUCCCUGAGAUCGUGGUCAUUUUCGGCGAAGAAGAUAAUCUUUCUCCUUCCUCUCAUAUUUCUACUGAUCCAUCGCUAGAAUUGCGGGCUUCCGGCGACGAGGGCAGCAGCGGAGUUUCGUCGACGAUGUCGUACGACAUCGAAUCCGAUCGUGAUCUCCUCCACGGCUACGCAUAUGUCGUCGAAGCCGGUGGGUCAAGUUCAGGAGCUAGGGGAGUGCUGAUCAUCCGUCAAGGCGUCGCCGAUGGUGUUCCGUCGUCUUCCGGCGAGGCGGUGGAGAUUUCGGAUACAGAGUCUGACCCGCCUCGCGAGAUGGUCCCGUCACCAUUCCUCGCGUCUCGGAGGCCAUGAGUCAGCUGGGGCCGCGCUACAUCAACGCUCAAUACACGGUGUUGGACUGGGCAGAAAUGUUUGAUCUGCAUCUCGCCCCCAACGAUAAUUUGGUGCGCGGCCCGGACCAUAUCUCUGUGUACGACGGAGAGAGGUUGAGGAGGUUGUGGGCGGGUUGGGGUUUCCCUCCUCUUGGAAGUAUGCGGUACCGUCCGCGCGGAUCCGAAUUGGGAACUGCCCCCUGGGUGGUUUGGUAUUUAUACCUAGUACUGGCGGAUGGGGUUUAAGUUCCCAUUGGAUCCGCUAGUGUGCGCCCUACUUCGGAUGCUGAAGUGCUCAAUCUCCCGCCUGUCGCCGUCCGUGAUGAUGCAUGUGACUAUGCACCGCCUUGUAUGCAAGCGGCGAGGUGUAACGCCGACUUAUGGCUUGUUCCGAAAGUUCUAUAAGAUGAAGGCCCCAACAGAGAAGAGUAAGAGCGAUUGCUUGUCGCUAAAGGCUUGACAAGUAUAUCUAUGGCUCGCGCCAAGUAUGACAAGAACUGGUUUGAGUGGUUCUUCUUUGUGAAUCCUACUCCCCAGAAGUGGGCGAGUGGACAUGUUGACGAGCCAACUGUUUGUAAGGAUGAAAACGUGAAGGGGUUUGAGUCGGAUGUGGGUGCUUAUAACCGGUUGGAGGAUGAGUAUGAGCUGCUUCUCGAGGAGAGGAUUGAUCUCUAUCACAAAGGAGUCUGCGCGGCUCGUCUGGCGGAGUUUUUAAACGAUGGUUAGUUCCUUCUUUUGCUGUGUAUUUUGUAGUAUUAACAGACUUCUUAUGACUUAUUGUUGCAGGUAUAGGUGUCAAAACAUAGCCCGACCCGAUUAACCCGCCCGAUCAACCCGACCCGCAACCCGAAUUGACUAAAAGUCAACAACCCGUAACCCGCCCGACCCGCAACCCGAUUGACUCGCAACCCAACAGACCCGCAACCCGACUAACCCACAACCCGAUUAACCCGCAACCCGAUUGACCCGCAACCCGACUGACCCGCAACCCGAUUAACCCGAACCCGAUUGACCCGAACCCGACUAACCCCUAACCCGACCGACUCAACCCGAAUUUCAUCUAAUCCACUUGAAUAAUUAUAAAAAUAUACAAUACAUAGUUUUUUAAAAUAAAGUUUUUCAUUCUAAACUUAAGUAAAAUUAUUUUUUCAUUUCGUAUAAGAAAUUUUAAAAAUAUGA